AUGGCUGAUGAAGCUGCUGUACACUGUUUGGUGCUCUUGGUGGGUGACGUGGUUCAAACAGAAGAGCUUGAAAGCAGGUUGGCCAGUCUACCACUGAAAGGUGCGGUAAUAGAAAUCUUGUUGGAGGAGAAGCUCAAUGUAGAGGAGGUCAAUGUGGAUGAUUCGGCCGUAGAGAUGGUUAAGGAAUGGUUGCUGACCUUGAGGGGCACGGAGUUGGAUGGCAAGUUGCGUGAAAGCACGCCAGAACAGCCUGACCUAGAGGUGGAAGAGCAAGCUGUCGAGGAUCCCAUGCCGGCGACAUACAUUGUGGACGGCCCGAGCUCGAAGUGGCUUCAAAGCAUGCUGGAUGGAAGCACGGAAGAAGGUCGCUCCCGACUGCGUAUGUGGCGGGACAAAGUUUUGCUAGCUGUGGAAAGCAUGCAGAGCACUUGCGUAGCAGCUGUCCCGUUGGUCUUGGCUCGUUCUCCAGAGGAUGUCACUUUCCCGUUGCAAAGUCCGGGCUAUUCCGAGAAGCAAAGAGCAGCGGACAAAUUCGACGGGCAGCUGGAGGCCGAUGUGCGUGAUCCGGACAAACGCAGGAUGUGUAUUGCAGUUUGUCCCAAGCUGGGCCAAUCAAACUGCCUGAAGCAGGAUGCUGCGAACGAUGCCAACAACAUUGGUCGCUUGAAAAGGGAUGCCCCACAGACAGGCUCUGUACUGUCGACGUUACCCAGUUACCUGAGAUCGCCGCAAGCCACUGUCGGUUGCUCGCAUGGGUCAUGUUUGCGGAAGCAAGCUAUGUGGGAAGCUGUGAAGUCCGACACAGAAACUGCAACCGGAGAAGAAACUGCAUACUUAGCUGCGUUCGCAGCUGAUGCAUCCCGAAUUGUUGAGCAUGCAGGGCUCCAUUCCCACACAGCUUCAUGCUACAAAUAUGACAGUAGUUCUGAGAAAGACAGAAAGCCGCAACACUGUCGGUUUGGGUAUGUGCACUUUGUCACAUUGUGGUGUUGGAACUCGGUAGUCCGACGUGGCAAGCAAAUGAAAGUGGCUGUCCAGCGUGUCUUCGCUCGAUUUGGGAAAGACCCUGUUCUGCCGCGAGGUUAUCAGAGAACAGAAGCAGAAACUCGGGCAGGCGUGCAGGCUAGUGUGACAAUGUUUGCAGGGCAUCAUCCGGGGCUUGGGAGCCAAAUCAAUGCAAGGGAAAGCACAGAUAGACCUGGCCGCAUCAACACUAUUCGGUUGCAUCCAAGGGAAACUUCAACCUUAAUUGGCGGACUUGUUGUGCAUCGUGGCAAUUUAGAUUACCAAGACCUCCGGACUGUGCUGGAUGAUCCUGACCGGGACGACGUGCAAUUGCCGCUUGAGAUCAAAGUGCAUCAAACAAACGGAAUGCAGCAGUGCCGCGGUUUGUUGCAACACAUCGGCUUGCUUGCCUCCAAGUCCUACGCUGUGAAAAGCUUGCGGGGGUGGCUGUGCAAAAAAGAUUUGAAGAACUUGAUGUUGGCGCGUCGCACUUUCUUUUGGCAGUCUGAGCCACGUGCUGGGAAGGCAGAAUUACCACGCGUAGGCGAUCGUGAGCGAGAUGCAGUGUGGAAACGCUUUGCGCGAUCGGUCGUGGACGGAGUAAUAGAAGCAAUGAGGAGCGCAACACAGAUUGGAUUCUACGUGUGCGACUAUUCCACAAAACCGAAUGUGACGACUGGCCGGACGCUUCAGUUUAUGCACCGUGGCAUGCAGCGGCUUGAGGCGGAGUUGCAGGAGAAGGAACAUGUCCGAAAGGUGCUGGACAUGGAAGCAAGCGGGCUUUUGCAUGACCCUGCAAGACUGUCUGCAAGUGAGCCGGUCAAGGCAACCUUGUCAGAAGCUGAGCAAAGGCAAGAUAAAGUGAGAAGAAUUUUGAUUCGUCUCUGGAGUGCGGCCAACUAUUCCUUGUUGAAAGGAAGCUCCUUGCAAUUGGUUCAUUUGCUGACCCGCCGAGAAGCUUUCCGAACGCAUCGCUACUGGCAAGUCUUGACGAAGCGCUUAGUCUGGGGAGGACACGAAGCGUUGCGGAGAGAUGAGACAAGGAUGGCAGAACAGGGUGACCAAGAGGGCGAUGUCAUGUUGACGGAGGUGCAUCUUGAGAGGGUGGAUGGUCAAUAUACACUGCAAGCGUCCAACGACGCUUUCUUGGACGAUUGGUUUCACCGAGGAUCAGCGCUCGGUUGGAUGUGCCACUAUGUGUACGCAAUGUAUGUGAAGGUCGUGCCUCGGACAGAGGAAUUUCAAUAUGACCGGGUAAUUCCGUUCGUGAGCCACUACAAGAAACACACUGGUUUCGUGCAAGUCUUGGAAGCCUCGCCGAGGGUUCCAUACAUGGUCGGCUUCACAAUGCCUUCGAGACAUGGCGAUGCUGCUACCAAUGCCUUAUACCACUUGUGCUUGAUGAAGCCUGGCAGCAUGUGCCGGGGCCAAUGUGAUGACGUGGGAUGGCUUUCUGGACACGUCAUAUCUCAUUGUUGGCCAAGACAUCAGCGAAAUAUGUUUGGUUUCACCUGGCCUACAAGAAAAGCUCCCCGCAAGAGAGGAGAAGGGCGAUUCACAGAAGCUUGGAAAGCCUGGGAAGCAUUGCAGUUGACAAGGGCCCAGCGAGGGUGGCGGAAGUUGAAAGCAGAACGCCGAGUAGCAGUGUUAGACGAUGUUGCAUCUUUUCGAAGCUGGUAUUUGCCAAAUGCUGCAAAAGAAACUGUGGUCCAAUCAUGGUUGCUCCCAUGGUUGCUUGGGCAUUUUCGGCAUGUCUACAAAGGACCGUGGAAAGAAAAGCGGGCAAACACGCAAGUGAAUCCAAAAUAUUCCCGCGCGCAAUUUCAAGCGCUGCAUCCACUUGGUUUGGCUUGUUUGCCUGCAUUGCCGCAUUCGGUGGCAGUGACUGUGCUUCGUUUUGCUGGCGAUGUGAAGACGGAAGACGGACAAGUUCUAAUCAUAGCAGAUGAGGAGACCACUCAGAAGCGACAGUUGCAGAACUUCUCCAAACCUGCAUCCGUGCUCUUCACAGGAACUGGAGUACACAUGCAUCAAUUGUUUCCGGAGGAAUUUGCCGCAACCAUACAAGCAGAAGUGUCCUGGAACAUGGACCUGCUAGCAGAGGCGCGGAAAAGACCGAGGCCAAAUGUGGUGUCGGUAUUCGAGGAGGAAGGGGAUGAGGCGCUGGGGGGAACAUGUGCUGCAAGGAUAGAAGCAGGGGAAGCCCAGAACUCUGAAAACGAAUCGGAGUAUGAUGCGAUAGUGGAACGGCCUUACUCAGAAGAGCGUGGGUUGCAAUACAAGCCUUCUAUCGAAAUUCAAAACGCCGAUGUGCUGGAAGUGGUGCACCGUUUGCAUGGAUGGAAAGAUGGUCGAGGCGCGUAG